CAGGGUGUCUCGUUUUUUCUCUGUAUUAAAGCAAAAGCAGGGAGCGGGAGGAUGUCUGCUCCAAACCAAAACACCAAGGAUGAAAUUCUGAGGUUAUUUAGAGCCAAAAAAGUAGAGAUUUCUUUUGCAAUCAAAAAUUUGUUUCCUUUUCUCCAUGGCCUACGAGACAAGAAAAUAAUAUCUGAAGAAGAGUUUAAGAAAUGCUGUGAUAAGGUAAACUCAGAUAGGAAUAUUAUUUGUAAAGCAAUAUAUGAUGUCCUCGAAACCAUUGAGCUCAGUGUUCCAGCAGUAAGCGAAAUGUUCUGCAAGGUGAACCUGAAAGCCUAUCCAGAUUUGCAGCCAAUAUACCAAAGUCUAGAAAGUGUGGUCCAGCAUGCUGAAAGCAUUGCUGCCCCAGAAUCAAGAAACAACAAAGUACCCAAAACACAGGAGAGCAAAGCCACAUCCUCCACAGGGAAACAGCGAAAAAGGAAACGAAAUCAGAAAAAACAAAAUCUGGAUUUCCAGGACUCCAUGCUGCCUGUACAGUGUGGAACAGCUAACGGUGUUUUGCAUAAAGGGAUGUUGAAAAAAGGAGUUUCAGAGAAAUGUAUCAAAGGUGCUGAUGGAAACUGGUUCACACCAUCAGAAUUUGAAGCUGAAGGAGGACGUGAAAGAUCAAAAUGCUGGAGAAAGAGUAUUCGCUGUGAGGGGGUUCCUUUAGAACAAUUAAUAGCGAGGGGAGAUGUACCUAAGCCACCACGAAAUUCCCCCAGGAAAAAGAAGGAUGCCAGCCAACGUUUACAGAAAAAUAAGGUUACAGCAAGUUCCACCCCACGUCAGGCACAGCUUGUAAUUGACAAUGGAAUUUUGCGCCUGCAGUCCAGGAGUAGAUUUCUCAACCUAACAGACAAUCUUGGAAGAACUCCUCCCACUCCACAUUCUCGGCCUUUUCAGAGAGAGAAUCCUUCAAGGCCAUUUUGUCAUUCUACCCAGUUCCAAUCAUCAGGUAUGGCAAAAACAGAUCUCUUUUCUUCACCAGAAAUCCCAGUGCAGUGUGGUGCCGUCACAGGAGUAUUACACGUCGACCGAUUUGCAGCAGCAUUACAUAAAAAGUCCAUCAGAAUGAAAGAGCGAUGGUGCACUCCUGAGGAAUUUGUAGGAAUGGAUGAUGACAUUAUUUUUAAAUCUUGGGACAAUGACAUUCGUGCCAGUGGAGUGCCCCUACGAGAACUAAUAGAGGAUGGAAGUUUGAAAAUUCAUUCUGAAAACUGCUCUUGUGAAACCUGCAAAGAAGACAAGUGGCCAGAAAAUGAUGACACAUGUGCUGUUUGUAUGGGAGGAGGCUACCUGUUGUGCUGUGAUUCAUGCCCUAGGUCCUUCCAUAAUUCUUGCCAUAUUCCACUUGUAUCUGUUGGGGAAAGCAAGAAGUGGGUGUGUACCUUUUGCAAAUUGAAAAGUAAGGAGGACUGUGCAGCAAAGGGCCCUUUCCGCCAAGAGCGCCAAGUUUUGAAGUACAAAAUGCUUCCUGGGCAAACCCUGAAAUGUCAGUUCCUGCUUCUGACGAUCUGGUGUGAAAUUGAAAGCAUUAUUUUUGCUGAUGAUCCAACUACACAGAUACAAAAUUAUGAUCAUUACAUAAAGAAACCCAUGUGGCUCAAGAGGGUGACAGAGAAGUUGUAUCAACAGCAAUAUGAAAGAGUUGGAGAUUUCAUAAAAGAUCUGCGCCUGAUGUUCAAAAAUUUCCAGUCCUUUAAUCAGGGCGUGGAGAUUGCUGGAGAUGGGAAAAACCUGCAAGAUAUAUUUGAGAAAACUUUUCAGGAAGUAUUUUCAUUGAGCAACUGUGUUGUUCUGGAGGCCUGAUCUAUUCAGGACCCGGUCAAAGUAGAUUCUUUGGAUUGCCAAGAUGAAACUAGGCCACUUGUGAAAAGAAUGUCAGUUUAUUGAUAGAAAAUGGAUGCAGAAUAAAAAUACAAAGAAAGCUUACACAUCUCUUCAGCCCACAAAGCUGGCAACUCUGAAAGAGCUGGCAUUUUGCUGGGGCCCCAGAUCAACAGCAAAAAGAGAUUGUUCCUUAAACCCAAAUUUUCCAGAUUGGCGUCCACAUUCUCCCUGGAAUGAACCGAAUUGGUUAGGCCUCAGCUCCAUCAUUCUUUCUGAUAUUCUAGUACAUGCCCCAAAGCAUCAUAGGCAGGUAAACAAAUUACCUUUCCCUAUGACUAAGGUUCCAAUACUCCAAUAAAAGGAUGGGGGGAGAAAUCCUCAUUUCCUCAGCAAGAUAGAAUAGUAAAGCAAACAAAGCAAAUUAGGCAGCUGCUUGAGGAUUACGUCCUUAUCAGCAUCAGACAGCUAGCAUGUGGAUUGGUGCCUGCCCAAUCUCCCUGUGUAAGAAGCCUACAGAGUUGCCCAACAUAUCUAGGGCCUACUCUAAGAAACUAGAACACUGUCCUUUAAACAGGCCUUUAUACAUUUAAUAAACAGCAUAUAGGACAACUAUGUAAAUUCAACACCAGACCUGACUCCUCUGCAUUGCUUCUAGUCUCAAACUCAAUACAGCAACAAAAAGGGGGAGCAGGAAGAAGAGCAGGUUCUUUGGAGAAAAGUCAGGAUGUAGAUUAUGAGCCUUUCUACAUGAGGCUUUCAUUGUGUGCUCAUGAUUCCUCAUGUGUGGUAGUUUGAAGCUCCUUUACACAACAUUAUCCUCCAGGGCCUCACGCUUUCUUUGCAGCCAUUUUAGUAUAUCUUUUUCUAAUGAGGAAUGUCUGGUAUUAUUUCUGAAUGGUGGGAUAAAGCUCAGUAUAAUUGCACAAUUCUGCUAUAUCACAGCACCACCUAGUGCUUGUGUAAUGGAACAUAACAAAAGGAAGAGAAAGAAAAGGCCCAGAAAGAAACACGCAUAAAGGAGCCAAUCUUAAUUCUGCAAAGAAUCCGGAAACAGAAGCCUCGGUAAAGUGUUGGGUAGAAAAGCCCAUAAUUAAU